AUGGGUGUGGAACGUGGACGUCGAACUGGUAGUCGUUAUUCUUCAUUAUCUAAGAAACAGCAGCAAUCUGCAAUUGAUGCAAAAAGUGUUGAAGAAGAAGUUGCGAGGAUAAUAUCACCGCACUUUAUCAGUGUGAAUCGUGCUCAAGAAGAUUCAUCAUCAGCAACAGUAUCAUCUACAUCAUCACCAUUGAAUUAUUCAUCACCGCCGACUGCAGUAACUCCAAAAAACAAUAUCCCAAGUCGACAGCCAACAACAAACAAAUCACUAAAUAUCUGUGAGCAUUGCAAUCGUUCGUUGUGUUCUGCAUCGAAUUUACGGCGACAUCGUUCCACCUGUAAACUGGCAAGCAGCAAUUAUCACACCCUAACUGAUAUAAAGGAUGGUAAUUAUAUCAGUAUCGUGACUAUAUCACCGCAGCAGCAGCAACAACAACAACAGGCAUCUGCUGCUUCCAGUGAGAUCAAAUGUGGCGAUUUAAAAGUCGCAAUGCUCACUGAUAAGCCAUGGGAACGUCAAAAACGACUCCUGGAAGAAGAGCAGAAAAAGCUUUCAUCAGCUGAUGACAAUAUUAUUGAAAAUGUGAAAGGCAGUUCAGAAAUCAAGAGAUCAACACCAAACGCGAACAUUGCUGGUCACAGUGACGAUGGAAACUCACUGCUAAUGUCGCCUAUAUCGCAACCUAGAAACUCUACAACAGCAAUUCAAUUGCGACAACGAACUUUUCAAACUGAUAAUAGCGAUGAUUUUAUUGAUAAUGCUAGCGAGAACAGUAAUAAUAAUGAAAGGAGUAGUGGCGGUAAUAAUGAGAAUUGUGAUAAGAGUAAUGAUAAAGAUAACGGUAAUGCGAAUUCUGGAAGAAGAGUGAACAAUCCGAUAGUAGCUAGAGCACAUUCUAACAUGUGUGCUGGUGCUCGUCGCCGUUAUUCAGAUUCGCCAACAACGUCGUGCAUAUCGCCGUUAUCGUCACCAUACAAUAAAGAUGUUGAUACGUCUUCUUCACUGUCUUGUACUUGCUCGACUGUCCAUCGGCUCGUCACCAACAACAGUUCUGAACAUCUUCAUGACGAUACUCAGCGUGAUUCCAACUCGUCAUUGUCCAGUCGAUUCGAAUGUCCUGAAUGUCACAAAACGUAUUCAUGUCGAAAGAACGUGAAACGUCAUCGAAUGGCCGUUCACAAGUUAUUACCAGAACAGUUAGUAAAUUCACAACGACCAAUUAAAUUGCACUUACCAACAAUAAAUAAUGAUCAAACGCAGUCGGACCAUAAACAACAACGGCAACUUACAGCUAUUGUCAACAUAUUACCACUUCAGCAUGAACUUCGUGCUGCUGCCUCUGCUUGUGAUGAUGUAGUUGUUGAUUUUAGUACUUCUGUAAGUGCUAUCCAGAAUAUAAACUCUGUUGAGACAGUAACACCAACUAUUGAAUCGUCGAAGCGAUCGAUUAACGGUAAUAAUUGUGUUAAUAAUUACCGCAUUGAUGUUGACGAUCAAGAUGAUAAUGAUAAAUUACAAGUGGCUAAAAUCGAAGAAGAUCUUCGACGAUCAGCCGGUAGAUUUAAAUCGAUAAAAAUGACGAACGAAGUAGUAGCAGCAGCAGCACAGACAACAGAAUUGCAACUAGCACAAGUAAGUGAAAAUAACGAGUUAAGAAAGAAGCGAAGAACCGAAUUGGCCGAAGCUGAUACGACAUCAUUCGUUGAUGAGGUGGAAUAUCCGUCGUCGACGUCGAUAUGUGAUCUCCAUAAUGUUGACGCUGCUGCUGUUGCCACAUCUGGUAGCAUAUCAAUAUCAAAAUCAAAUUCUUCCACACUCUUUUCAUCAUUACCCACCACUGUCAUUGCCAAUGUCAACAACGUUCCAAGUCGGAUGCUUAUUCAGCCGACAACUCCAAACUGCAGCUCCUCAGAUGGUAUACGUGGUGUUGCAGUAUAUGCUGUACAUCAACAGCAGCAGCAAGAUGAGAAAAAUCAACAAAUUGAUCAUAUAUCAUUAUCGCUAAACAAUGAUUUAAACAGUACUGAUUUUAUAAAUAACUCUGCUAAUAGCAAAACUUAUGGUGAUUAUUUUCAACGACAAAAGCAACAGCAGCAAAAACGAUCGUCAGUAAGUAGCAGCAACAGUAUAAAUAUGCAAUUAGGAGCAGGAGGUGCAGUAUCAACACGACGUAUAUGUAGUGAUUGUAAUCGAUUGUUAUCAUCAGAUUAUUCACUCAAAAGGCAUCGCUCAACAUGCGCUGAAGUUAAAGCAAAAGCGGCUGCUGUCGCUGCUGCUUCUACCACUACUGCUACUGGUUUUAAAGCACAUCAACAGCCUUUAGAAGGCAACAGUAAUAGUCAUUCUGUCACAGCCACAACCUCACGCUCAAAGACAAUAUGUUCUAUUCCGACGUUUGGUGCUGCAGAAGACAUUUCUUUAACGAGUACCACUAAGCAACAACAACAGUGCACCUUCAUAAAAUCCAGUUCGAAUCUAGUCAAUUCUUCGAUUUCUUCUUUCUCCGUAUUUCCCUCAAGCAUUGACAAUACCAACAACAACUCUUCCCCUAUGAAUAAUGCACAACAGCAACAACACUUCGGUGCGCCUCAUCAACAAACGCUUUCAGUUUCGCUGAAUAGCAGCAGCAGUGAUAAAGCAUUCAAUACAACCAAAAAACGAACCCCAAUAACGUUAACAUCAGUUCGACCAGCAUCAGGAGCAAUAGCCAAUGUGAAUAGCAGUGAUAAGAUGAUGAAUAUGCAAAGAAGUGAUAAUGGGGUUUUAUGCCGUCUCUGUGAUUGUUGGUUAUCAGGACAAUAUGAAUUCGAACUGCACUCUGAUCAGCUGCAUCCGGCUGUUGUUGACACUCCAGAUAGCACAACUCUUUCGAAUUUGCAUGACUCUUGUCCAUCAAGAACAUUCUUCUUCGACUCUUCUUCAUCGUCAAGUUGCUGCUGCAGCUGCAGCUCAGAUGACCUGAUCGUUUCAAAUUCAUGUUCACCACCAAUCAUAACGCCAACAAUGACAACGAUAGCGAAUCGUAAAAGAUUCAUGUCAAAUGAUCAUAGUAAUAAUGAUAAUAAUUGUUGUUGUUCAGCAAAUGAUAUCAUUAGCAUAUCAUCUCCUCAUCAACAACACCACCGCAAUAAACCGAUUUUUAGUCAGCAAAAGUCAUCAAAUUUGUAUGAGGAGAACGCGCGUCUAUAUGAGAGCCGAUUUUACUCAUCAACAACAUCUGAAUGGAAUAAUUUAACAGAAGGACGUGAGCAGGGAAGUUCUGAAACUUUGAGAGUGAAGCAUUCAAAGAUUGAUAAUGAUAAGGAUGAUGAUGAUGGUGGCCUCGAUAAUAAUGCUAAUUUGUCAAUGUCUUUAUCGUCGAGAGUGCAACAACGACACGGCUUCGUUGAGAGUGACUGUCUUCAGCUAACACCUUUGCAACCAAUUGAUGAUACUUGGCAACAGUGGAUUGAUGACUGCGUUCUGAUUGUUGCCGAUAAGCGUAUUGGGGUGUCGAAGAGUCAUCUCGCUAAAAGUUCCACUUAUUUUGCGUCAUUAUUUGAAUUUGUUGAAGAAGAGAACGAAAUUCGUUUGCCAAUUUACGGUGUUGAUUCGUUGGCGUUCCAACAAACUAUCGAUGUACUGAAAGGAACACAACGAUUGUAUGCGGCCAAUAUCGACGCAGUGCUUGAACUAGCCGAUCGUUUCAAAUUCAGUGCAUUGUAUGCACGUUGUGAGCGAUUCAUCGUUGAAAGUCUAGCCACUUCAUCGAUAAUGCAUGCGAUUAGACUGGCUGAGCAAUAUCGAAUGAGCGAAAUUAAGCAGUCUUUAUUCGACUCGAUUUCAAUCGACGUAUUCAGAAGUUUAGCGGCCGAUGAAGAUUAUCGUCGAAUGAGUGCUGAAUUAAAAGCUGAACUACUCGAGAAAUGGGGUACAUUCUUGUAG